AUGAGCGACACUGCGUUUUUCUCCUUUGUCCUCUUCCUGGGCAGCCAGUGGGGAGCAGAGCCCCACUCUAUCUCUGUGACUAAAGGUGUGGAGAACAGUUUUUCCUCAGGUUCAGAGCAUCCCGAUGAAGAUUUGGCUAAGCUUUUUGAUGACAUCCUGCUGCAGGUGUUUCCCGGCAAUCUAGAUGACGUUUCAAAAGAUGCAAGAACAGCUGGCAGACUGAUCACAUGGGGAGACGCGAACGAAACCCAUCUCCACCAUAACAGUUUCAACGAUUCUCAAUUUGCAUCCAGUUCGCAUAAGCAAGAGGAACACUUGGCUAAGAUAUUUGAUGCUUACGCUGAGAGUCUACCUUGUAGACAGCUGCUGAGCUUCCUGCAGAAGAACAUUGUCAUCGCUGCCUCCGCUAUGGCCGCAAUCCUCCUGGUCACACUGUUGGUGGUACUUGUGGUGGUCACAUAUAUAAGGCGGAAACGGUCAAGGAAUCCUCCAGCGAGCAUGACGUACAAUAUUUUUAUAAUGAACGGGAAGGCGUGGUGGCAAAAGUCUCAGGAGAAGCACCUCAGGAAAUUCACAGGAAAGCAGAGGCCCAUGAACUCCAACUCUUCCAUCUAA